UUUUGGUGUUUUGUCAUUGGUCUUUUUGUUCCUUUGUCUGGUAUUGUCUGUGUCUGUGUUUGAAAAUAUGGGACAGUCCUUAACUACCCCUUUGAGUCUGACUUUACAGCACUGGAGGGACGUCCAGGACUUUGCGAACAACCAGUCCGUGGAAGUCCGGAAGAGGCGUUGGGUUACUUUCUGUUCAUCUGAAUGGCCCACAUUUAAUGUGGGCUGGCCAAGGGAUGGUACAUUCGACCUUAAUAUUAUCUCGCAGGUCAAAAGCAAAAUGAUGGACCCCGGCCCUCAUGGGCACCCAGACCAGGUGGCCUAUAUCGUGACCUGGGAGGCAAUGGCUUAAGAUCCACCACCCUGGGCUAAGCCUUUUGUCCCUCCCAAACCCCUACUUCCUCCAUCUGCUCCCACCUUACCCCCUCCAGUCUCCUCCUCUCCAGCAGGACCCCCAAUCCGCUCGUCUCUAUAUCCAACCCUUACUGACCCUUCAAAAACCAAACCUCCCCCUCCGCAGGUUCUGCCCGCGGGGGAUGACCUAUUGGUAGACCUCCUCACGGAGGACCCCCCUCCCUACCGAGAACAGGCCCUCCCGCCUCAGGUGGCCGACUCGACCGAUGAAAACGAGGGGCCUGCCGCGCCAUCUCCCGCUGCCCCGUCCCCCAUGGCAGCCCGCUUAAGGGGACGGCGAGACCAGCAGCUGGCCGCGGAUUCUACUUCCUCUCAGGCAUUCCCUCUCCGGACCGGAGGAAAUGGCCAACUACAAUACUGGCCGUUCUCCUCCUCCGACCUAUAUAACUGGAAAAAUAACAAUCCCUCUUUUUCUGAAGACCCAGUUAGGCUGACUGCUCUAAUUGAGUCGGUCCUGAUUACUCAUCAGCCCACCUGGGAUGAUUGCCAACAAUUACUGCAGACUUUGCUGACUUCGGAGGAGAAGCAGAGAGUCCUCCUGGAGGCUCGAAAGGCGGUUCGGGGAGCAGACGGACGUCCCACCCAGCUGCCUAAUGAGAUAGACGCCGCCUUUCCCCUCGAACGUCCCAAUUGGGACUUCACCACACAGGAAGGUAGGAAUCACCUAAUCCUCUAUCGCCAGUUGCUCAUAGCGGGUCUCCAUGGGGCGGGCCGACGCCCCACCAAUUUGGCGAAAGUUAAACAGGUACUGCAGGGACCGGGAGAAACUCCCUCAGCGUUCUUAGAGCAGCUCAAAGAAGCCUAUCGUAGAUACACCCCGUAUGACCCAGAAGAUCCAGGGCAAGAAACUAGCGUAGCUAUGUCUUUCAUUUGGCAAUCUGCUCCAGAUAUCAAACGCAGACUCGAGCGCCUAGAAAACUUAAGGGAGAGUUCGCUCAGGGACCUACUAAAGGAGGCAGAAAGAAUCUUUAAUAAACGAGAGACUCCAGAAGAGAGGGAGGAUCGUCUUAGAAAGGAGGCAGAGGAAAGAGAGGACCGUCGCAGAACGGAAGCUGAGGAAAAGGAAAAAGAAAGGGACCGUAAGAGACAUAAGGAGAUGAGCAAACUCUUGGCCACCGUAGUUUCCAGUCAAAGACAGGGUAGACAGGAGGGAGACCGAAGGGGACCCCUCGGCAGCUGAGGGAAUUCCUGGGGACAGCAGGGUUCUGUCGCCUACGGAUUCCAGGGUUUGCUGAGAUAGCAGCCCCUUUAUACCCACUUACCAAAACAGGGACUCUGUUCAGUUGGGGCGAGGACCAGCAAAAGGCAUACCAGGAAAUAAAGCGGGCCUUGCUCACAGCUCCCGCAUUGGGACUCCCAGACCUGACUAAGCCAUUUGAACUGUUUGUGGACGAAAAACAGGGUUAUGCUAAAGGGGUCCUAACUCAAAAACUGGGCCCCUGGAGGCGUCCUAUAGCUUACCUCUCAAAGAAGCUCGAUCCAGUAGCUUCAGGGUGGCCGCCCUGCUUGCGAAUGGUAGCGGCGAUUGCAGUCCUCACCAAGGACGCGGGAAAAAUUAACUCUGGGCCAGCCAUUGACCAUCCUGGCACCACAUGCGGUGGAGGCCUUGGUUAAGCAGCCUCCAGACCGUUGGCUCUCUAAUGCCCGCAUGACUCAUUACCAAGCCAUGCUCCUGGAUACGGACCGGGUGCACUUUGGGCCUGCGGUGACCCUGAACCCCGCAACCCUGCUCCCUUUGCCGGAGGAAAGGGAGGAACACGAUUGCCUCGAGAUCCUUGCGGAAAUGCACGGGACCAGACCGGACCUGACGGAUCAACCCCUCCAGAACGCUGACUUCACCUGGUAUACAGACGGGAGCAGUUUUCUGCAGGAUGGUCAGCGGAGAGCUGGGGCUGCAGUAAUCACCGAGACCGAGGUAAUCUGGGCAGAAGCUCUUCCAACUGGGACCUCGGCCCAGCGGGCUGAACUCAUAGCGCUCACCCAGGCGCUCAGGCUGGCAGAAGAAGCCUUCCCGACUAAACACGAAACAGCCAAGAUAGUGACCAAGAAGCUGCUGGAAGAGAUUUUCCCCAGGUACGGCAUGCCCCAGGUACUGGGAACCGAUAAUGGGCCCGCCUUCGUCUCCCAGGUAAGUCAGUUGGUGGCCAAGCUCUUGGGGAUUAAUUGGAAAUUACAUUGCGCUUACCGACCCCAGAGUUCAGGACAGGUAGAAAGGAUGAAUAGAACAAUUAAGGAGACUUUGACUAAAUUAACGCUUGCAACUGGCACUAGAGAUUGGGUACUCCUACUACCCCUAGCCCUCUACCGUGCCCGCAACACUCCAGGACCACAUGGACUUACUCCCUUUGAGAUAAUAUAUGGGGCGCCCCCGCCCCUCAUUAAUUUUUUUGACUCCAAUAUUUCAGACUUUACUAACAGUCCCUCUCUGCAAGCUCACUUACAGGCACUCCAGGCCGUACAGAGGGAAGUUUGGAAACCACUGGCUGCCGCUUACAGAGACCAGCUGGACAGACCAGUGAUACCCCACAACUACCAAAUUGGUGACGCAGUCUGGGUCCGCCGGCAUCAGACAAAGAACUUGGAACCCCGCUGGAAGGGACCCUACACCGUACUGCUGACCACUCCCACUGCUCUCAAGGUCGACGGCAUUGCGGCUUGGGUCCACGCCUCCCACGUAAAAGCAGCCCGAUCGGACGA